UGGGCGCUUGUGAAGUGCGGUUCACGGACGUUGUCGCGAACUUUACCGGUUUGCAACUACCCCCCUGGACCCUGUUCGUCUUUUUUGUUACAGUCUUAGACCAUGGGCAGUGUGUUGGCUGCUGCCUCACCCAGUCCGGCCCUAGCUCCAGCUGGUGGUCAAGGGGUCUCGGGUUUGGUCGCCGUACCCCCAGGCUUCACCAUGCCCCCAGUGUCUUCCAUCCCUCCAGGACCCGAAUCUGACCAGCAGAAAGCGGAUGCAGAUUCACCACUCCAGAACCCUGGCACAUAUGACGAGUGUCACAGGAAAUGUAAAGAGGUCUUCCCCAUGCAGAUGGAAGGGGUGAGGCUAGUAGUAAACAAGGGCUUAAGUAACCACUUCCAAGUCAGCCACACUAUUACUCUCAGCACCCUGGGUGAUUCUGGAUAUAGAUUCGGUUCGACAUAUGUUGGAAGUAAACAGACUGGACCAGCGGAGUCUUUUCCGGUCAUAGUUGGUGACAUGGACAACACUGGCAGUCUGAAUGCGCAAGUCAUCCACCAGCUCACAAAUGCUGUACGGUCCAAAAUAGCAAUGCAGACUCAGCAGCAUAAGUUUGUCAACUGGCAGUGUGACUUUGAGUAUCGCGGUCAAGAUUUCACCUCUGCGGUGACUCUCGGAAACCCGGAUGUACUUGUUGGAUCUGGCAUUGUGGUGGCCCACUAUCUCCAGUCAGUUACACCAGCACUGGUUCUAGGUGGAGAACUGGUUUAUCACAGGAGACCAGGGGAGGAAGGAACCGUAACAUCUCUCUUAGGGAGGUAUACAGGUGACAAAUUUGUUGCAACCUUAUCUGUGGGCGGUGCUGGAGCUCAUGCUACAUACUAUCACAAAGCCAACGACCAGUUGCAGGUAGGAGUUGAAUUUGAAGCCAGCACAAGGAUGCAAGACACCACAACAUCCUUUGGUUACCAGCUGGACGUUCCCAAAGCCAAUUUGCUUUUUAAAGGAACAGUUGACAGUAAUUGGGUGGUUGGGGCAACCCUGGAAAAGAAACUAGUACCUCUUCCUCUUACCUUGGCUUUGGGGGCUUUCCUCAACCACCGCAAAAACAAGUUCCAGUGUGGCUUUGGGGUCACCAUUGGCUAAAGGUGCACAGGCUGCCUGGAACCAGCUUACAGACCACGGCUUGGACUGGCACAGAGACACCCAGGAACCUGAACUAUGUUUUAGGAAUUGGAUUCAAAGACUCAUUUACAACUGUGAUUUCUGGGGCAGACGGGAAGGAAAAAAUGAGAACUACCAAGGAGCCAGGACUGGCCAAGCCAUGCCUACAUACUGUAGCACAAAUGUCUUUCCUGUGUGGUGUAUUGGAUAUUCUGAGAGGCUAGAAUGGUGUCUAUCAGAGCUUCAGGUGAUGCAUGAGAACAUGUGACGUGAAAAUUUAAGUAAGUGGUACAGUAAGACCUAAUAUAUCAUGUAUGGAUUGAAAUAAAUGUCAUUUUCUUUUGUACAA